AAGAAAGCUGGAAGGAAGGAGGAAUUGCUAGAGCUUUGUGUACACCUCUGGUACUUGGGCAUCUGUAGCCCACGGUGGCUGAUGUUUGUUUUGGUUUGGUUUUUAGGGAUGCACUUUCUCUCCUGUAGGUUGUUCUGUUUCUUUGGCAGAGUAGCAAUAACUUUUUUUUUUUUUAAUACCUUUAUUAAUUAUCCAAAGCAAUGAUUCUAUCAGACUAGAUGGAAGCUCCUGCAGGGUGUGGCAGCCCUAUUAUUUAAACAGCCUUAAGGUUUUCAGCUGGAAGGCAUAACUCUCAGUCCUUUCUUCUCUUCAGCUUGGGGCUGACUGCACUGCUCUGAUAGUGAAGGUUUGGGGCUAUUUUCCAGAUGCUGGUGUAAAUAGAAAUGAUUUUUAAAGGUUCAUUUUCUUCUGGGUUCUCUUCUGUUGGAUAACCUUGCUCUUGUUUUCAUUUCCCUUUCUGUCAGAGCACCUCCUGUGUUACUCCCCAAGGACUGGCUGUCUCUGGCAACUUUGGAAUAAAUCCUUAACAGCCCUGACCCUGCCUGGGGCUGCCCAAGGCUGAGCAGUGCUGCAGUCUGUUUUUAGGGUUGUAAUGUGCCUUCUCUUAAGUGGAUAACAGUUAGUGAACAAACGAUUAGCAAAGCACUUGGUGAGUGUGACUUUCCUUUGCCAAAAUGAACCUGGUUUGCCUUUUGUGCAGCGAUGUGGGAUGCUUCCCUUGGCUCUGCUGCCUGUUUGCAAAGAAGUGAAAAUAGAAGUAGGCAGGGAAACUGCAGAUCUUGAGGGCAGAACCCUGACUUCACUGUGUGUGUGAACUUCCUGCCACUGCUGAAUGGUGACUGUUAGGUGCUGUUAGGGUUGGGUACCACUGGCAGGUCUUCUGUCAAGCAGUCGGUUGUGGCUGUUCUUCCCAGAGCUCUGUGGUGAGGUGGGCUUCCAUUCCAUUUCUGAACAAUGAUGCCUCCUGCCUAAGGGAGCUACCUGUAUCAGCAAGGCUGCUGUUACCAUUCUUAUAAAACUUCUGGGAAGUAAGGGAUCAGGCUUGUGUAUUCUGAAAACCCUUGGCUGUCCUGAACAGUUGAUCAGUUUGUGGCAUCCUCUCCACGAUUCAGCACAUCCAAAGCAAGCUGCUGAGCCGUGCUGGAAUCUCACACGGUCUCCUAACUUUAAGCUCUGGCUGACAGCUAAAUUCCAUGAUCUGGAAUUACUUUCUUUUCUUUUUUUUUUACUAGUGCUAUCAGCUUUUCUGUGAAGCACCUCACUGCAGAGUAAAACACAAGUCUUAAAUGUGAGCUUUGCUGGCAGACUGAACCCCACAGGAGCUGUCAGAUGUCUGCUUGCUCCAGACUAAGUUGGUGACAUUGCUGAUGAUGCACCUGGAGGCUUGGCACAGACUACAAACAGAGCUCAGCAGUCAGCACUCAUGAGCAAGGCAGGUAUGCUAAGCACAAGUUUUAAAACUUCUGGGUUGUAACAAAGGCCAUAUUACAUAGCAAGAUACUGCUAUCACCUCUAAUAUGUUUACUAUCCUUUACUGCCAAAAACUGAGGUACUUAUACAGAUGUUUCUCCUUUCUUAGUUUUUACACCUGGGUAUUUUGCAUUGGUGAGUUGGGAGAUCCUGUAUUCACUGUAGUUUUCUUCUGUGUGCUGCUGUGUGCUGUGUGCUGUGCCACGGACUGACUGGUGACACUGUGAGCCCUGUUUGCUUUGCUCCUAAUUGGAAGCCUGUUCAAGUUGUGGGGGUUUUUUCCUGUUUUAAUAAGGAAGGUCUCCUUAGAGAGCAAAAGUAGAAGUGUUCUGAGGUGAGUGAGCAACGUGGAGCUAGGAUGGAGCAGGAGGUGUGUGGUCCCAGCUGAUGGUGGUGUUCAAGUUCAUUAUAUGAGGACAUAUUUAUUUCCUUGGAUAAACACAACUAAUCUCAUUUCCCUCAGUAACUGCCCUGCUGUAGUAUGCUGCCGAAGUUUCCAUCCCUUCAGGAUGGGGUUUCAUCCCAAUGACACGAGUUCAUACUUGGUUUUUUUCCUCCCUUUAAACAUACCAGAAAUGCUGUUUGCAGCUGAGUGUGGAGCUGAACUCUGCUGCUCCAUGGAUCAGGUGGUGCCAAGUGUUUCAGCCCCAGAUUCCCCAGGGCAGCCUGCAGGUGGCUGUGUUUCAACUGUACAGCCUCUCAUUUGGGGCUGACCUUCCUUGGAAGGACAGUGCUUGUUUUGUGUCAGUGAGCAUCUCUGGAUAUGGGCUGUACCUCUUGACCCUCAUCAAGUGUUAGGGGCAGAAAUGGACAACAGAAACAACCAAAGCUGGGGGAGAGGGGAGGAGGGAAAUGCUUUUAAAACUUGGAAUCUGAAACUCAGGUCUUAAAUUGCGGUGGGAUCUGUUCCCAGUGAGUACUGUAGGGAAAGAGCUGUUUCACUUGAUGUGCAAAUAGGCAGCAAGUGUGCAUGCUUUGCUGCUGUCUCGACAGCUGUGUGUUUACCCUAUUUCAUCUUUCAUGUGCUGAGGCAGACAGCUUUUAUCUGCUCUGGACUCUUCUUAUGUCAGAGUUUCCAAAACACGAGCGAUAGAUACACAUCUAGCAGUUACAAGGCUGGGCCUGGCAGAGGAGCAGGAAGUGAGAAGUGCAAUGAGAUUAGCAAAGGCUGUAUGUUCAGAGACUCUGUUCAGCAAGACCAGUUGUGUGAGUUCUCCCUCUGGCACCCUGGGUCCUGGGUGAGUUCCUUACACCUAUUUCUAUGGAGAUUGGUUGGGAGCAGAGGGGAGGGGGUUGUCCACGUGGGCCUCAGUGCAGAUCUCUGAGAGCUCUGAACACAGGGACGGGUGUCACCAUGAAGGAAAGGUGUGUCUGACCUGAGUGUAAUAGAAAAAGGGAGGGAUGGAGUGAGGAGCCCCCAGGUCUGGGUAUGUUAGCACAGAGACCUGAGGAGCUGAUGAGCAGAAAGCUUUACGUCCUGUGCUGUGCUCUCUUGGCUCUGAUAAUGGCAUUAGCACCAAAGCAGCGUGCACUAAGACUGUAGAAUUUCCUUCCUUGUAGCUUGCUGAGCUGCUCAGUGCACCACUCAGCCAUGCAGGCGUUCUGCUGGUGUUUGCAGAGCAACAGGAGGCUUUGUCCAAGGCAGUGGUGGGGAUUAACCACUGCAGAGGUUUGGAAGGUCCUGUUCUGUGCUCCAGAUGUCCUGGCUAACAGUCUCCUUGGUUUAACAUGUGAACAUCUGAGAGCAAGGCAGAAUGGCAUCUGCACAUGUGCAGAGCAGUCUUUCUGGUGUCUGUGCUGCACAAAGGAAGGCUUGCAAUGAAGAAAGCGUGGCUCAGACUGUAAACGAAUCCUUUCAGAUUCCAGUUGCACAACGAGAGGAAUUGAGCAAAUUCCAAUUAUUUCAAACUGUAACAUGCCUUUGUUUUUACCACACUUCAGAUUGGCCAACCCCACCUUCCACUGCCUUGAAAGUAAUGGGCGAGAAGUUGUCAUCCUGGCUUGCAAACAGCUGCAGCUGUGCUCGUUGCAGGUGUGCUGGUGCUGUUGCUGCAGCAGUUGUGUGCUGCCUUCCCUGCUGCCUUUGCAUGUGUCCAACUCGUUUCUCAGGAGUGUUGGGGCUGGAUGAGCUGAAGGUGAUGCUGUGUGUUCUGGAUGAUGUGGCCCGAACCCAGCUGCCAGCAGUAGUAAGCCUUCAGUCUUUGCUGUGUAGCAGCUCCCAAAGAAACUCAGCUUGGCUUUUGCUGAGACUGGGGAAGGACCAGCUGAGCUGCUUCUGGUAUAUUGUGCUGGAAACCAGGAUUUUGCCCCUCCUCCUCCUUAAUGCUCUUCUUGAGGGACCUGAGUUUGCGUUUUUCUCCUGUUCCUCAGGUGAGUUUAAGUGACUUCCUUUGUACUUCAUUCUGUGGGUUGCAUCUGUAGCAGUGCUUCCACAUACGUUCUGUUUGCUGUGCUGUCACUCAGAGCUUGCUGCUGCUCACCUUCAGCCCAGGGGGGAGUUCUGGAGUGAGCCAUGCAGGUGGGUGAGGCGACAUCUCCUGCGUGCCUCCUUUCCUUUGCAAAACUGUGACCAAACCCUCCCAGCAGGGUGGGUGACAGAGGGAGCCUGCUGUCUGGUGGUGGAGGAGCACACGGUGAUGGAAGGUCUUCAUUCUUGUGCACAGCUGUUGUGCAGUGAACUCAGUGAAGCUGCAGACGUCUCCUUUCCUGAUCUGGCUGUGGAGAGCAAUGUUUUCCUGCUGGUGCCAUUUAUGUGCCGCCCCUUGCUGCAGGCAGAAUCAGCUGUGUUAGCACGGAUGAGUGAUUCUAAACUGUUCAUUCAGCUGCUAAUGACGUUUCCCUCCUUCUGCCUGGAGCAAGCUGCGGAUCAGAGGAGGCUGUUUGCAUUCAGUGAGAGGCAGUGACUUCCAGGUGAGGUGGUGGCACCUUUGUCCCCGUGCCCAAGGUGGGAGUGCUCUCCUGGACCCAUUGGUGACACAGGAGGUGCGGCUGCUGCUCUGCUGCCCUGCAUGUGGAUCACUGCAAAGCAUCAUCAGAGGUGAACCUUUGGGCCAGAAUGCUGCCUGGUGUGGAAAUCCUGAUGAUGGGAAAAGAGGAAAGGAGGGGAACAAGGCUGAGGUCCCCCCUGGUUCCUGCAGCCCUCACAGCGCAGCGUGAUGACAAGUAACGAAACCCAACUCUGCUGGAAGGAAGAGCAUUUCUGGAGGCUGCCCCCAUCCAGCAUCUCCCGGCCAAAUGAGAUGGCAUCACCUCAUUCCUCCCUGUGGAAUUAAUCGGCGCUCGGAGCAGUGAGGUGAGGCCCUGAUGGAAAAGGGAGGAAAUGCCUCCAAACCGCUGUGCUCUGCAGCCCAAAGCACUGACAUGUGGUGAGGGAUGCUCUGCUGUUUGAUGGCCCAGGGGAGGCCCCGGAUCUGAGCUGUGGGACAUCCCCAGUGCCACUGGGACUGGUCCAGCAUCGCCCCCCCUGCAUGCAGAGCACUGCAGCUGGUGGGAUUUUGAGCCUUUAAAGUGGGUCAAGCGGAAACCCGGGGAGCAUCCAAGCUCACAGCCCUUGUGCCAGCUCCAUCACAGCUGAAUUAUUCAGGUCCGGCUGAAAAAUUGAAGAGUGGCAAAGCUCAGUGGGAACACCCAGCUCAAGGCUAUAGCACUGAGCCCCAUAGCAGCACGGGGCACAGUGGGAGGGCAGCAGGGUCUGGUGCUGCCUUUUGGGAGGGUGAAGCGAGGAGAGAGUGCUCAGAAGGGAUUUGUGGCAGGGCUGCCCUGAGCUGCAGAGGUUUCUGUGUUGUUGCUGGGGUUGGGAGCGCAUCUUUGGCUCCAUGCCUGCUUCCAGCCCUGUCUCUGUGUUGCAAACAGCAAGGCUUUGUGGCCUCACUUCAGCCCUGUGUGCAUAUCCUGGGGUCACUUUUGGGAUCACUUUUGGGAUUUGCACCUCCGGCAGCACUGAGCUGAAGGGAGUUGGCGAACUCCUCCUGCCCAGGAUUGGAGAUUAUGGGGUUGUGUGAUUUUAGAGUAAAAUCAGUGGCUGCUGCCUCGAGGUGUGUGCUCACAGCAUCUCCCAGAGCCCCAGAUCCACUCUAAGGUGGUGAGGAUGCUGACGUGAGCGCGGGGGCUUCUAUAGGCCCCGCAGCUUCUGUAGGACCCCUGCCUUAGCUGUGUGGCAGAAGAGCUGGGAUUGCUGCUGGGUGAGUAACGCUGCCGGCAGUGCGGUGGCAGCAGGGGAAAGCCGUGCACAGAUGCUGCAGCUCGCCCUGCUCUUUUUGUGCAGCACUCACACCGUGCUGAUGCCAAGCUGGGAUUCUUUGGUGCCUCGUAGGCCUGUGCUGCUCCAUCCCUGCCCUGGGGGUGGGGUCAUGGGGGUCCCCCAUCUUUACAACCCAAUUGGGGCUGAGGGCUCCUGCCCUGCUCAGGAGGGUGGGAUGCUCUUGCUGUCCCUGCAUGCAGCCCCUGCUUGGGAACGUGCAUCCUCUCCCCUGCCACGUGUCCCCACCACUCCAGGCUGCUGGUUCCCCACUUCCACUCCCAGUGAUGAGGAGGAGAACGGGCUUCCCCAUUCGCUGACCCUACAACCCUUCAGUUUUCUGCAUGCUGCAUCGCCUCCAUCUUGCCCAUCUUUGCAGGCAUUUAUGGCCAGGUUGGACCGAAGGGGCGGCAACCACCACACUGCAGGGAGUUGGAACAGUGAUUUUUGAUGUCUCCCCAACCUCUGUGAUGCGUUUGUCCAUCAGUCUGUUCUCUCCAUCCGUCUGCCCACCUCUCCAGCCGUCCACCAUAACUGUACACCCAUCCAUCCUCUCCGUACUUCUGUCCAUCCAUCCUGUCUGUAUGCCCAUCCAUUUGUCCAUCCAUCCCUCUGUUCAGCACGCAGAAUUUUUGCUGGAGCUGUUCAAGAAACGUGUAGAUGUUGUGCCAAGGGAGGUGGUUUGGUGGGAAAUACUGGUGAUGUGUGGACUGUGGGAUUGGCUGAUCUUGGAGGUCUUUUCCAGCCUUGUUGAUUCUAUGAUCAUCCAUCCAUCCAUCUUUGGACCUGCCAAUGCUGGACCCCUCACCCCAUCUCAUGUUCGGAGGGGAAGAGAAAGCUCCCUGCAACGGGAGCAAAGCUCGAGUGUCCUUAAUGAAACGAGGAACGGUUUUUCAUGUCGCUGAACGCUCUGUUUGCAGCCCCGCACCUACGGGCGGUCCCUAGGGGCGGUCCCUAUGGGGCCGCGUCUGUAGGCAGGGCCGUGAAGGCGCUCCGUUCGGCAGAAAAGCCAUUUGUGCGCCUCGGGGCCAUCGCUGCUGGGGAGGGGCGGCGGAGGGCUGGGGAGGGGCGGGAGGUGGGGACGGAGCCGCCCCCGAUCGGAGCCGCCGCCGCCGCGUUCGCCGGUGCCCCCACCCCGAGAACGGAGCUCCGCGAUGGAGGGGCCGGGGGGAUCCGCCGGGGGCUGAGGCGGCUGAAGGGCCGGUGCCGCAGAGCUGGCGAGGAGGAGGGAGCCUGGGGUCUCCCCUGUCCCUCCCCAGACCGUCCACGAUGGGAUCAGUGGGAACAGAGCACCUCAAGGAGCUGAGCCCCAUGGGGACACCUGAAGGCAACGUGGUGAUGAGCUUCAGCUUCGACAGCUACCAGCUGGAGGAGGACGAGCUGCAGCGGGGCAGCCAGGCCAAGGGCGUGCUCACCUUCAUGGAGCCAGUUUCUGAAGACCCCGAGCCACAGGACCGAUACCACGGGAUCUACUUUGCCAUGCUGCUGGCUGGCGUUGGAUUUCUCCUUCCAUACAACAGCUUCAUCACGGAUGUGGACUACCUGCACCACAAAUACCCAGGGACCUCCAUAGUCUUUGACAUGAGCCUCACCUACAUCCUGGUGGCCUUGGUGGCCGUCAUCCUCAACAACGCGCUGGUGGAGCUGCUGAGCCUGCACACCCGCAUCUCCGUGGGCUACCUCUUUGCCCUGGGCCCCCUGCUCUUCGUCAGUAUCUGUGACGUCUGGCUGGAGCUCUUCACCCGACGGCAAGCCUACGCCAUCAACCUGGUGGCUGUUGGGGUGGUGGCCUUUGGCUGCACAGUGCAGCAAUCCAGCUUCUAUGGCUACACAGGGCUGCUGCCCAAGCGCUACACGCAGGGGGUGAUGACAGGAGAGAGCACCGCCGGGGUCAUCAUCUCACUCAGCCGCAUCUUCACCAAGCUGCUGCUGUCGGAUGAGAAGGAGAACACCGUCAUCUUCUUCUUCAUCUCCAUCGGCAUGGAGCUGACGUGCUUCAUCCUUCACCUCCUGGUGAAGCGCACUCGCUUUGUCCGCUAUUACACCUCCUGUCCCCGCAAGGGCCGCCCCGAGCCCCGCAGGGCCAGCGACCACGGGACGGGCUACCGCGUCCACCACGACGUCACUGCCGAGGACAUCAGAUUUGAGGACCGGCCGCAGGGACAGCUGGCAUCUCCCCAUGGCAGCCCGGGCCCUGAAGCUGAGCUGGCCGGCAGCGGUACCUACAUGCGUUUUGAUGUGCCCACACCCAAAAUCAAGAGGAGCUGGCCCAGCUUCAGAGCCAUGCUGCUCCACCGCUACGUCGUGUCGCGGCUCAUCUGGGCCUACAUGCUGUCCAUCGCCAUGACCUACUUCAUCACACUGUGCCUCUUCCCCGGGCUGGAGUCGGAGAUCCACAACUGCACGCUGGGGGAAUGGCUGCCCAUCCUCAUCAUGGCCAUCUUCAACCUCUCCGACUUCGUUGGCAAGAUCCUGGCUGCCCUGCCUUACGACUGGAGAGGAACGCACCUCCUCGUCUACUCCUGCCUCCGCGUCGUCUUCAUCCCCCUCUUCAUCAUGUGCGUCUACCCCAACGGUCAGCCCGCCUUCGGCCACCCUGCCUGGCCCUGCGUCUUCUCCCUCCUCAUGGGCAUCACCAACGGCUACUUUGGCAGCGUCCCCAUGAUCCUGGCUGCUGGCAAAGUGAGCCCCGAGCAACGGGAGCUGGCAGGUAGGGCUGCACCAUCCAUGGGCUGCCAUGCGGGGCAGCCACGCAGGGUGACACCCUCUGUCCCUCUCUGCAGGGAACACCAUGACCGUGUCCUACAUGACGGGCUUGACGCUGGGCUCAGCCGUGGCUUAUUUUGCCUACAGCCUCACCAGUACGUCCCACAGUAGCUGUUUCUACACUGAAACCUCCAACGGCUCCUUCCUGGGGGGGUACUGAGCCCCAGGACCGGGCAAUGGGGCCAGGAUGGCACCAGGCCCUGCUGCUGUCCCCAAAGGCCCUCACUGCCCACCCUGCUGGUCUCUGGGCGCUGUGUGGAGCCAAUUCUUGGGCUGAUGGCCCCCAGUGUCGUUGGUCCCAAUGUUCCUGGGGUCUCCCCCUGGGCAGGUGGUGGUGGGAGGGAUCUUCUCCUGUUUGAGCCCUUGCCAAGGAGGGAAAUAUGGCAGAAUCCCAAAGGGAAUGGGGAUGGCACUGGGGAAGAGAGCAGUCGAGGGCUGUUGAGGAAGAGGAGGAGGGGAGGAAGGUGGCUCUGGGCUGGGCUCUUAGUGAUGGUGCUGCAGCUUUCCCCUGAGGACAGCUUGAAAUCAUGACCCCAACCUUCCCCUGUACUCCAAUUGCUGUGUAAGAGCCCCAAACCACUUCUGCUGCCUGGAAAGGGGGGGAACAAAGAAAAAAAAAAAGGUUUUUUGCCCUCUCCUCUUGUCCUGUGAUCUGUGCUGUGCUGUGGGUCUGCCUGCAGGCUGGGGGGGGCUGGGGGGAAAUGCAAUGACCUGGGUGCUGCCCAGGGCCACUGCUGGGCUUCAACUUCUAUCCUGUAAAUCAAACUGAACACAGAUCGUGUGUCUCACUUGGCAAUGAUCUCUUCUGUGGGCCGGGAACCCCGGCAGGUGCAUGAGGGAAAGGCUUGGGGCUACAGAAGCAGCAGUCCUCCCAUCUCCCAAAACUGAGAGCCAUGGGCUGCAGGGCACCUACAGCCCCACUGCCAGCCAGGCACUGCUGAAGGGUUCCCCCUCCUUUCCUUGCCAGCACACCGGGCUUCGCAUUUCCUGAUCAAUAAAAGCUUUUUGGUUUUGCCUUUA